CAUUCUUAAGCAAGAAUGUCAUGGUCAGGAUUACAUUCUUAUGGACGGCUUGGAUUAGAUGACAUUACAUGUGGAGCGGUGCUUACUUAAUCCUACCAAAUUCAAUAAAAGAAAACAGUUGAAAGAGAGAAGAAAAAAUGUUAUGCAAGCUUAUAAUUCUGCUCUCUCUGCUACUAAACUUAGCAGAAUCCCAAGAUCUUAACUUCACCUUCAAUGGCUUCCGUUCAACUAAUUUGAGCCUUGAUGGUCUAGCUGAGAUCACCUCUAAAGGCCUUUUAAGACUCACCAACGACACCAAACAACAAAAAGGCCACGCAUUCUUUCCAAAUCCCGUAGCCUUCAAAAGCUCAUCAAACGCCUCUGCUUUCAGUUUCUCAACCACUUUCGUCUUCGCUAUUUUAUCAGAAAAUCCCGAUCUUAGCGGCCACGGGAUUGCUUUUGUGAUUGCACCAACGAGAGGACUACCGGACUCUCUUCCAAGUCAGUUUCUUGGUCUUUUUAAUGAUAAAAAUAACGGUAAUGAGACUAACCAUGUUGUUGCAGUAGAGCUUGACACCAUUCUUAGCAGCGAAUUUGGCGACAUCAACGAUAACCAUGUCGGGAUUGAUAUUAAUGGGCUACGGUCCCUUCAGUCUUCGGCAGCCGGAUACUAUGCCGACAGUCGUAGCAACAGGAUGACAAAUUUGAGCCUUUAUAGCGGCCUACCGAUGCAGCUUUGGGUGGAUUAUGAUGGUUUAAAGAAGCAACUUAAUGUCACUCUAGCUCCAUUCAAGUUCGUUAAACCAAGUGUUCCACUCUUGUCUCUAACUCGUGAUUUGUCGCCAGUUUUGCAAGAAACUAUGUACGUUGGCUUCUCAUCGUCUACUGGUUCUGUUCUAACAUCUCAUUAUGUAUUGGGUUGGAGCUUUAUGAUGAAUGGUCAAGCUCAGCCUCUUGUUCUUUCUAAUCUUCCUAAGCUUCCACGGAUUGGACCCAAAAAGAAAUCCAAGUUUUUAACAAUUGGGGUGCCUGUUAUUUCUAUAAGUGUUGUUUUGUUAGCUAUUUCAGGUUUGGUUUAUUUCAUAAGAAGGAGAAGGAAAUAUGCAGAAGUGCUUGAAGAUUGGGAGCUUGAUUACUGGCCUCAUAGAUUCAAAUUCAAGGAUUUGUACAUAGGGACCAAAGGUUUCAAGGAGAAAGAAUUACUGGGGAGCGGCGGAUUUGGCCGGGUUUAUAAAUGUGUUUUACCAACUACAAAAAUGGAGGUUGCUGUCAAAAAGGUGUCACAUGAAACUAGACAGGGAAUGAAGGUUUUCGUAGCGGAAAUUGUUAGUAUCGGGCGGCUUCGUCACCGGAAUUUAGUCACUCUUUUAGGGUAUUGCAGGCGUAAAGGAGAAUUACUGCUUGUUUAUGAUUACAUGCCGAAUGGAAGUUUAGACAAGUAUUUGUUUGAUCAACCUAAGGUUACUCUAAAUUGGAGCCAAAGAUUUAAGGUGAUCAAAGGUGUCGCUUCAGGGCUGCAUUAUCUUCACGAAGAAUGGGAGCAAAUUGUGAUCCAUAGAGACGUAAAGGCGAGCAAUGUGUUGGUUGAUGGCGAAAUGAACGGAAGAUUAGGCGAUUUUGGUCUGGCAAGAUUAUAUGACCAUGGAUCAGAUCCUCAGACAACUCACAUUGUCGGCACUUUAGGCUAUCUUGCGCCUGAGCACACCCGAACAGGGAAGGCCACGACGAAGACUGAUGUGUUCAGUUUUGGUGCAUUUUUACUUGAGGUUGCUACUGGUAGAAGGCCAAUAAUGGAGGACUUAAUAUUGGUUGAUUGGGUGUUUUCUUUUUGGACUAAAGGUGAAAUUCUUCAGGCGAAGGAUCCGAAUAUGGGUACAGAUUAUAUAGUUGAAGAAGUUGAGUUGGUGUUGAAACUUGGCUUGUUAUGUUCUCAUUCAGAACCUGAAGGUAGGCCAAGCAUGCGACAAGUCGUUCAGUUCUUAAAUCGAGAGAUGGAAUUACCGGAGUUAUCAUCAAUCGGGCUUUCUGCAAGUGGAUUAACGUUUGCAUAUCGUGAAGGUUUCGAUGAUUUUGUCAUGUCUUGUCCCUCUUCUAUGGAUAAGGCUUUCUCUCAUGGUUCUUCUAUAGCAGACUCUCUUCUUUCAGGAGGUCGCUGAUUUUGUUUUUUCGCAGAAAUACUUCUGAAACUCUCUAUCCAAUAACAUAUUCUUGUAAAACGGAUAGUUUCAAUCGUUUCCUGUUUCAGUA